UGAAACUUGUCAAGAGAUACCUUGGAGCUGCUCAUGCGCUCUACCAAAUACAAUCUGGCCAUUUAGCCCCGCCCCUCGGUGACUUAGCCAAUCACAUUCUCAAAAUAUCCUGAGCGUUACCUAUGCGCGCUACCAAAUACAAUAUACAUACUCGCUGGUUCGAACCUCCGUUGACCUUACGAAAUCGUCUCUACCGGAUUUAAUAAUGAAAAUUUAACGUACAUGUCAUUGACGCAAUGUUCACGACGAGAGUUUUAGUAAGUCUGGCCUCCAUCGCCGAGUGCGGGAGGCCGCGCUCCCUUUUGGUUUUGGCCGAUCGAGUAGGCCUGAGCGGGAGCCUACGAACUUUCCUGAGCGCCCUGCCCGGCAGCUGCAGCGGCGCUCGUUCAAAGCCGCCCCCGCGACGAACUCGGACCCCGGGUCGCGUCGUCGUCUGCGCUGGGGAGUCGCAGGGAACGUUUGACUUGAAAGCUUCUUCCAGUGGUGGAGCUCAAGAGAAUGUGAGGAAUAAUGGGUUCUGGUUAAUUGGUCACACUAAUAACAAUAGGUGGAGAUUUGAUGGUGGUGGUGAUGAUGAUGGCAAGGUCUUUAAUGCGCCACUGCCCGUCGCUGCUGCGUUCGGUCUGUCAUUCUUGUCAAAGUUCUGGGGCAACGAAGACGACGAAGAGAAGACGCCCGAGGAGAAAAUCAUUCAUUUGCUUAAACAAGCAAAGCUUUGUGUGCUGAAAAAGGAUUUAAAGGGUGCAGAGAAGAAGCUGCACGAGGCACUGUUUAUGGCUGAGGAGGAGAAGCACACGAAUGCAAUAAUCUACACCUAUGACCUGAUGGCCAAUGUAGCUUUCCUCGCAGGAAAGCUGGACUCUGCUGAGACCUUGUUUAAAGCCACAUUGGGUUUGAUGCUGAGCUCUGGUGUUGAGAAGGACAGUAAUGCCGCCAUUGAGAUAUCGCUGAAGCUUGCAGCCAUCUACGCUAUGCAGGGCAAGAAUGAGCUUGCAGUACUUGGAUAUGAGUGGUGCGUGAAGUUGAUGGAGGAAAAGCUUGUGCGACUGAAAGAAGUGACCGAUGGGAGUUUAUCAGAGGAGUACAAGGCCAACACACGGCUGCUGCUGGGGAUGACGCUCGACUCAUUUGGGCGUUACCUCCGAGCCAACGGACACUGGGAGUUGGCGCGCCAGCAGUACGUCAAGGCCCUGGCCAUUUCACAUGAGGUGCAAGGGGAUCAGCACCCACAGACAGUGGUGCUGAUGAGUGACCUAGCCACCACCUUGGAUGCACUGGGACGCUUCGCCGAGGCCGAGGAGUUGUCAGGGCGUGCAUGCAUCAUCGCCGAGGAGACCGAGCAUCCGGAGCAGCCCACUGUUUUCCUGAACCACGCCGGAGUCCUUCUUCACCAAGAAAACUACAGCCUGGCCAAGGCCAUGUACAUGAAGGCAUUGCAGUUGGCGCAGAAGCAAAAGGAUGCGAUCACUGCUCAAGAGGUCAGAAAGGGCCUCGAUGAACUGCAGAAAAGAAGAGCAAAAGCACAGAUAGCAGCAGUGUGAGGACAGUGGCUGGGGAAGUGAUUUAUCAGCUGCAUCUGAAGUCACAACACGAGGCUCGACCAACCCCGCCAAGGCCUCUGCAGCCUCUGGCGGCCCACCCCUUCCCGCGGUCACAUUCCACGGCCUCUGCUCACAGGGAAGCUCCACCAACCCUUCUCGGGCCUCCGCCACUUCUGGCGGUCCGUCGUGUCUACCCAGGUCACACUCCAUGGCCUCCAACCAUCUGUGCUACAGGCGGGCAUCUCCUAUUCCUGCCAGCAUGCCACCACUACCGCCGGCCACCAUUGCUCAUCCAUCUUGGGCCUCCAUCCCUGCCUGCCGGCACCUAUGCUCAUUGGCGCUCUGCUGUCUCUGGGUACUUAGUGCCAGUUUCUGAGCUCUCCUUUCAGGGCCGUGCCUGGUGCUUGCUCUUGACUGCGGUUUGCUUCCCUCUUUACAUCUUGGGCUCGUCGUCUUCGGUUGCCUUGGCCGACACUGGACUGCGCACUGCGGCCGUCUGGGCGCCAUGCCUGCACAUUGGGCUGCCUUUGGUGGUCGCUGGUCGACGCCUACGGCGACCACGAGCAGAGCUCUGCCAUCAUCCCGCCGCUGUGUCCCACCAUCGCCAGCAGGUUUUUUUUUUUUUUCCGCCGCCAGCUACCAGCUCCGGCUUCUCCAAGCAAUGCAUCACCUGCUGCAGUGUCUUGCCACCUCCAGCUGCCUACUUGAAGGCUACCUAUCCUACUCAUCCACUGCUCCUGAUCGGCAUCCAUCCUCAUGCCAGUUCCCCUACCUUUGGGUCAUUCCUACUGCAUUUACUUUUCUCUUCACCCCGAUCUUUCUUCACUCGGCAAUACUUGCCAGCUUUGCCUCUUUCGCUGAAACCAUAAACGUGGCUGCAGAGGUAGCAGGAUUACAGCCAGUAACUCCUAGCCUUCUCACUGCUUUCCCCGCCGCCUCUUCAAAACCAUUUCCUCACCACAAUCAUGACAACCACUACCCUGCACGGCAGGCAUCACAUUCGGCCGAUUAAACAUCCCUUUGAUCUUUUCCUCAUCACCGAACUAUGGAUCAGAGAGCGAACGCAACAUAAAAUCGGCUUGAGCAGCACACGUCACUAAGAAAGAAUUACCAAGAGUCAUUGCAUUAUACUUUACUGUACAAGGCUGAGAGCAAAAAACUCUGAUCGCACUAAGGGAAGCCAAUAAAGUACUAGGCUUUUACAGGACAUUUUAUCACAAAGAAAACCACAAGUAAAAUGUAUGAUGUGAUUUUAUUAAUUGUUUUGUGUUUCACGGUGAAAUAAAUCCGAGACAUUAAACAA